UUGGCUGAGCUCCUAGGGGGCGGUACUCACCAGGGUCUGGUCCACUUAAAAGGUGGGAGAGGCCCAGGGUCCCAUCUCUUGGGUGGAGUCUUCAGCUAGCUGGUGCUGCCGUCCCGGGACCAUCCUCCUGUCCUCAGUUAUGGCUUGUGGUCUGGUCGCCAGCAACCUUAAUCUCAAACCUGGGGAGUGUCUCAGAGUGCGGGGCGAGGUGGCCCCCGACGCCAAAAGCUUCGUGCUGAACCUGGGCAAAGACAGCAACAACGUGUGCCUGCACUUCAACCCUCGCUUCGAUAUACAUGGAGACAUCAACACCAUUGUGUGUAACAGCAAGGAUGGCGGGGCCUGGGGGACCGAGCAGCGGGAGUCUGUCUUCCCCUUCCAGCCUGGAAGUGUCGCAGAGGUGUGCAUCUCCUUCGACCAGGCCGACCUGACCAUCAAGCUGCCAGAUGGUUACACAUUCAAGUUCCCCAACCGCCUCGACCUGGAGGCCAUCAACUACCUGGCGGCAGAAGGUGACUUUAAGAUCAAAUGUGUGGCCUUCGAAUGAAGCCAGCCAACCCACGGCCCCCAAUAAAGACAGCUGCCUCUGUUCUCUGAA